UCUUAUUAAAUAUUGUAUUCAAGAAAGCCUAAGUAAGAGUUUGUGGGCGCAUGAUUUCCAUCAGGGCACAACUCUAUAUUUCUUUCCUUGAUAAAUCCACGUUGUUGCUCGUGUGAGCGUUCCAGUGGAGUAAAAAACCAGCCAAACAAACAAAUAUGGGUGACAAACAACUGGAAGCAGAUUUUGAAACUGGAAGUUCUGGAGCUUCACUUACUUACCCACAGCAAUGUUCUGCUUUGCGUAAGAAUGGAUUUGUCAUCAUAAAAGGUCGACCCUGUAAAAUUGUGGAAAUGUCAACAUCAAAGACUGGAAAACAUGGACAUGCAAAAGUGCAUAUGGUUGCAUUAGAUAUAUUUACUGGCAAAAAGUACGAAGAUAUUUGUCCUUCAACUCACAAUAUGGACGUUCCCCAUGUUUCGAGAAAAGAUUAUCAGAUUGUUGAUAUCAAUGACGGUUUUGUAUCUCUUAUGGAAGAUAAUGGUGAAACUAAAGAAGAUCUGAAAUUACCCGACAACGAGAUUGGUGCUGAAGUGCAGACAAAGUUUGACAAAGACGAAUCAUUUCUCGUGACUGUGUUGAGUGCUUGUAACGAAGAACAAAUCGUUGGUACUAAAGUAUUAAAUUAAAAAAUCAAAUCGAACUCAGACAUUCUGGUUUUUUUUUCUCACGUAUUUACGGCAGAAAAACUAAAUAAAGUUUUAUAUAAAUGUGGUGUAAAGCCGAAAGAUCUGGUGUGGUUGA